CUGGCGGCAGGUCUCGCAUCAGGCAUCGCAGUGGACGUCCCCGGGACACGGGGUCCUCGGGCGCCUGAAGAUUGACGGGGGAGCGCAGGGAUGGCGGCCGCGCAGGGAGGCUGGCUGCGGCCCGCUGUAGGGCUGCGCUUGCUGCUGGCGACGGCGUUUCAAGCGGUGUCUGCUCUUGGGGCUGAGUUCUCAUCAGAGGCAUGCAGAGAGUUGGGCUUCUCCAGCAACUUGCUCUGCAGCUCCUGUGAUCUCCUCGGACAGUUCAACCUGCUUCAGCUGGACCCUGUCUGCAGAGGGUGCUGUCAGGAGGAAGCACAGCUGGAAUCCAGAAAGCUAUAUGCAGGAGCUAUCCUUGAAGUCUGUGGAUGAAAAUUGGGGAGGUUCCCUCAAGUCCAAGCUUUUGUCAGAAGCGAUAAGCCCAAACUGUUCAGGGGUCUACAGAUCAAGUAUGUUCGCGGUUCAGACCCUGUCCUAAAGCUGUUGGACGACAAUGGGAACAUUGCAGAAGAGCUGAGCAUCCUCAAGUGGAACACGGACAGUGUGGAAGAAUUUCUCAGCGAGAAGUUGGAACGCAUAUAAAUCUUGCUUCCUUGUUCUUUUCAUACUUAACAGAAAGGCUAUCACAGCACCUAGAGAAUAGUUUAGUUUUGCACGCUUACAUUGGUCGGUCUUUUUAUGUACAUCAUUAAUGUUCUGUUUAGAAGUUGACAUAGCAACACAGUCCAUAGUAUGUAAGGAUCUGGCAAGCUUAACAAACCCAUUUCUUAGAAGUUUCUGCUCUCCACUUGUUGAUAUCAUUAAUGACGUGCUUUGUAAGCGGCUUCUGGUUAAUUAUGCAAAUACUAGCUUGUGAUAAUUGGUCCAGUUUUAUAAACAACAGAAUCUUCAAUAAGGGAAGUUAGUAAAGGAGACGCCUCCUUUGCUGUGUGCUCCUUUGAAAGUAACUGACAGAAAACUACAAAAUAGUAAGAUAGAGUGGACCUCAGCAACGAGCCCACUCCUCAGAGCCCCUCAGAUCUUUUGUAUUGCCCAGCUUUCUUUUUAGUGGAAGCUUUUGUGCCACGUAAAAUUUUUGUAGCCUUAUUAUUAUGGGACAGAUUGAAAAUCUACAGUAAGAGUGUAAACUCAUAAAGGUUUGCAUUAAUGAGGAUUACACAGAAAACCUUUGUUAAGGAUUUGUGUAGAUCUGAUAAUUGGCAGAUUUUUAUGUUUUUAAAUAUAUUCUUACAGAAGAGUUCCAUUUAAGAAUGUUCAUUUGUAGGACCAAAAUAUAAAUAAAAAUUUUCAAAAAUGUU